CGCACUCUCCUUCCUUUCCCCUUCUUUUCUCCCUCUCCUUCUGAAAGGCUGCUUAGCUUUCUCGCUUUCUUUCCCCAUCUGUUCCACGCACUUUCGCUCACAGCAGCGGCAUCACGAUGAAGCAUCUCCGUCGAGGGCCCAGCCAGGGGCGUCGGCAUCUAAGCUCUCGGCACUUAUGGCCUCUACUCGCCUUUGCCAUUGGUACUGUUGUUAUUCCGCCGGUGUGUGGGCUCAACAAUGGUUUGGCGAGGCAGCCGCCGAUGGGGUGGAGCAGCUGGAAUGCGUACAAGUGCGACAUCAGUGAGGACAUCAUCAAGGGCAAUGCCGACAGGCUCAUUGAGCUGGGGCUCAGGGACCUGGGAUACCAGUAUGUGGUCGUCGAUGACUGCUGGCAGGUACAAUCGUGGGUGGGGUGGGCCACUGCACUGCACAUUGGUCUGCACUGCAUCACUCUCAUGAUGCCAGCCAUUCAUUGGUCCCUCUCUGUCCGUGGCUUUCCGUCUGCAGGAGAGGAACGGCCGCGACGAGAGUGGCAGGAUCAUCACUAACAACAAGACCUUCCCCAGCGGCAUCAAGCCCCUCUCGCACUACAUGCACUCCCAUGGUCUCCGGUUCGGCAUCUACUCGGACGCCGGCAAGCAGACGUGUCAGGGGAGGCCGGGGGGCCUGGGCUACGAGGACAUCGAUGCCCGCACGUAUGCCCAGUGGGGAGUGGACUUCGUUAAGUAUGACAACUGCUGGAACGGAUUCCUGCCCUAUCUCGAUAGGUGAGCGGUGGAAUGGAGGGGGCAGUGGUGAUGCACGGCCAUGUGGAUGGUUCCCUUUAUCUGUUGCCUCCCCAGGUAUGGUGCGAUGCGUGACGCGUUGAAUCGCACUGGUCGUUUGAUGGUGUACUCGACGUGUGAGAAGCACAGCAAUCCCUGGGAGUGGGGGGCCGACAUGUCCAACCAGUGGAGAAUCGGUGUGGACUUGUUCGACACAUGGGAGUCACUUGUGAGAGUGGCUGACGAUGGAAUAGGCAUCGCACACUUCUCAGGUCAGCCAGCCAGUGAACACACACACACAGCAUCUGCCACUCACUGGCAUGUGUGUGUGUGUGUGUGUGCUGUUCCUUCCUUGAUCAGGUCCUGGGGGCUGGAACGACUUUGACCUGCUGCAGGUGGGCAACGGCGGCAUGCAGUUCCAGGAGUACCGUGCCCAGUUUGCCGUGUGGUCCAUCGUCAAGUCGCCCCUCAUGAUAUCCACCGACCUGUUCAAGAUCUCCCCCCGAGACCUCUCCACACUCAAGGCGCGCGAGCUGAUUGCCGUCAACCAGGACCCUCUCGCCAUCGCCGGCGAUGUCGUGAGGCAGCAGGGGCCCGACAUCGUCUACGGCGGCCCCCUCGCCGACGGCAGCCGUGCGGCCGUCAUGUGGAACCGUCGGUGGCACUUCAACUGGCCGCUGAAUGACUGCGAGCACCCGAGUGGCAACGGCACCAGCUCCACCCCGGGGCUCUGUGGACCGCUAUCGGUGGGCCGCAACAUGACGCUCAGGUUUGAGUGGCUGGGCGGGGGGAGCGAGAACAGAUGGCCCAACGCUGAGCACUUCCACAGCGACACCAGGGCUCUGGUGCGCGACCUGUACGAGGAAGGAGACCUCGGCAUAUUCACAGGUGGGCGACCUGGAGGACAAAACAAUAAUAUAAUGCUCACUACUCGCGUGUCGGCCGUCGUCAUGGUGGCUCGGUGUGCGUACGGUAUGUUUGUGUGCAUACGGUAUAUUCAGGUGAGGUCACGCUGUUGGUGCCCAAUCGAGGCGUGAGGGCCCUGCGAGUCACACCUGUCCAUCAAGUGCAGCACGCCAGCAGCACCAGCACCAGCAAUCGGUCGUUCAGGCAGCAAGCGUCCAGAGAGACGACAGAAAUCAUGAUGUGAAUGGGC